AUGGAGCAGGUAACAGCAGCCGUGAUCAACCAGAUCAAUCAUUCAGGUUCUUGUUCUUCUGGCUGGUCUGAGUUUAACGGACGCUGCUUACGCUACUUUUCUGUACCUGUCACUUGGGCUACAGCUCAGAAAAGCUGUGUGUCUUUGCAAGCUAAUCUUGUAUCCGUCCAUAAUAUUGAUGAGUUYGAUGAGAUCCAAAGGCUGUUAAUGGCUGCAACCAAUGAGUAUAAAGAAAUAUGGAUAGGAGGCUCUGAUGCAGAAGAGGURGGAACCUGGUUGUGGAGUGAUGGGAGUCCUUUCCACUUCACCCACUGGUGUCCUGGAGAGCCAAAUAAUGGUGGAUCCAGAGGAGACCAGCACUGUUUGGAAAUGAAUGACAGAGGCUCAACAUGCUGGGAUGACCAGCAGUGUUUGGAAGUGCGUCCAUUUGUCUGCGCCAAAAGAAUAAACUCCUGUGAUCAAUGAGACGGAUGGAGUGAAAGACAUACAGAGCAGAAUGUGUGUUGGU